AUGAGCUUGGCGUAUUUCUCUUCAACCUCCGCCUAUUGCAAUCAGCUCAAAUCUCUUGCUGACCAAUUGUCCAAUGUCGGGGGCCCUGUUUCCGAUCAACAUCUGGUGUUACGUCUCCUAGCUGGCUUAACCGAAGCAUACAGCAGGUUUGUCACGGUUAUGCAACAAAAGGAUCACUUACCAACCUUUGCGAUGGCGUGUUCUCGUUUAAAGUUAGAGGAGACCAUGAUUAAAGAGAGGGCAGCCCGUGAUUCUGGUUCCACCUCCCUCCUGUCCGUGGAUGACGACUCUUCUUCCCAGCCACCACAACAAAACGGCAACAAUACUAAUUCGCAAAUCCGUAAUAAUAAUAAUAAUAAUCGUGGGAAGAAAAACAAUCGUGGUAGAGGAAACAACAAUCGCAGCAGGCGAGGCGGACGUGGUGGUGGCGGGGGUGGAGACAGCGCCGUCAGAGGUGGCGCACAGCAACCGCCGUAUAAGGCCUACUCGCCGUACCACCAGCCGUUCUUUAGUCCUUGGGCCGGGUGGGCCCAACCUUCUUGUCCAUAUCCAACAGCUUCAUGGAAGCCCCACUCUCCACCUCCUCGCCAAUCUGGAGUUCUUGGACCAAGACCGCAGCAAGCAUACUCUGCCUUAGUCGCACCAUCCACUAUUAGGUAUACACCUACGAACAUUAAUGCAGCCAUGCAUACUCUUGCACUCUCUCAACCACAUGAGAAUUGGUAUAUGGACACCGGUGCUACAUCUCAUAUGACGACAGAUUCAUGUACACUCUCCUCUUAUUUUAAUUCGAGCAAAAAUCAUCAUAUUGUUGUUGGUAAUGGAUUUGCGAACAGGGAACCAUCUAAUGAGGUGUAA